ACACUCAUCGGAGAAUAACGAAGCGAAAUAUGAAUUUGUUGUGCUCUGAUAGCAUAUCAAUGUUCUUGAUUCUGAAGUAAUCGAAGAACGAAAGAGAGAAAAGAUUCAGAGUUUGAGAAGAAGAUGAAUGCAAUAGUUUGUUAGAUUCAAUCAACGUAACCCAAAAUUUGUUACAUGGUUCAAUAUAUAUAGACCCAUCUAUUCACAUAACUGGUAUCAAUUAAAUAUAAACCGGACUUAACCUAUGAUCAAGCUAAAGGAAACUUAACAAUAUGAACCAGAUACUCUAAUAAUAAGAAGAACAUUUUUUUAUUGUUGUUUCAUAACACGCUGUUUAGGAUAAGUGUAGUUAAAAGAAAACUUUCAACUAAUAUAUAAAUAACUACUAUUUUAUAACAUAUAUGAAAUAUGCUUUAAAAAAUAUUUAAUUACAUUUUUCAAACUGUAACAAAAAUUGCCGUUGUUAAUUGAAUAUGUUAUUUGCUUCAGCACAGAGGCGGACAUUUUUUUUUUGUCAAAGGCACAGAGGCGGAUCCAGUAGGUAUAGCAUGUGUCCCACCCUGACUUGUUGUUUUACUGUAAUUAUUGAAUUAUCUCUUAAUUAAACACUAGUUAUAAGAAAUAAUUGCAUGCUCCAUACUAAAAACAAUUCUGGAUCCGCUCCUCCUGAAGUGCACCUACUAUUCUAUGUUUUAUUAAAGUUUCAGUAUCCUUUAGAACCGGCCAUAAUCACGACUACACUAGUAAACGAUUGAAACGGCUGAAUUCAUACUAGAGUAGUUUCACUAAUCACUAUCAUUACGUAUUAAUGAGGUUCUUAUUAUAAUAGUUUAUAAAGCACAAACAAAUGAUAUAUAAGCUCCUGUAGACUCUCCGAUAUAUAGUUACGUAGUUGACUUGAGAAAUAAUUUGGUCUAUAAGUAGCACAUACACAUUUUCUAACUAUGCGAUUAUCUUAUAAGACAAAAGUUUUAAGAAUCCUUCUUCAGUCGAUCUUAAAAUCCGACAACCCAAAAGCCUCAUCAUAAGCAUAAAGGUUAGUUAAUUCAAUUAAUUUGAUGAUUAGGCGUUCCAACUGGAUUAUCUUCGGUUCUUAUGCGACAAACGUUUAAUCAUUUGCUUUCUAAUUAAAUAUAUAUAGCUACAAUGUUUGUUAUUGUCUUUGUAGAUAAUCUAGAAGAAAAGUCAAUGUCUGGAAAUAACCAGUUAGGAGUGCUCAAGGCACUCGAUGUAGCCAAAACACAGCUUUACCAUUUCACGGCAAUUAUUAUCGCCGGUAUGGGUUUCUUCACCGAUGCCUACGAUUUAUUUAGCAUUGCAUUGGUCACAAAGCUUUUAGGUCGCAUCUACUACCACAAGGCGGGUGCAGAGAAGCCGGGAACACUCCCACCAGAAGUGGCGGCGGCGGUCAAUGGUGUUGCUCUAUGUGGGACACUUAUGGGUCAACUAUUUUUUGGGUGGCUUGGAGACAAACUUGGCCGGAAGAAAGUAUAUGGAAUCACUUUGAUUAUGAUGGUUGUUUGCUCUGUCGCCUCCGGUCUCUCGUUUGGAAAUAAUUCAAAAGGCGUCAUGACCACUCUUUGCUUUUUCCGGUUUUGGCUAGGAGUUGGUAUUGGAGGUGACUACCCACUCUCAGCAACGAUCAUGUCGGAGUAUGCGAACAAGAAGACUCGUGGUGGGUUCAUCGCGGCCGUGUUUGCUAUGCAAGGGUUUGGAAUCUUGGCUGGAGGCAUCGUUGCACUAGUACUCUCGAGUAUUUUUGAUUACCAAUUCCCGUCGCCCAUCUAUAGUGUAGACCCGUAUGCCUCGACUGUACCUCAAGCUGAUUACUUAUGGCGUAUCAUCCUUAUGAUUGGUGCUCUCCCCGCAGCGAUGACCUAUUACUGGCGAAUGAAAAUGCCCGAGACUGCUCGUUACACCGCUUUAGUUUCCAGAAACAUCAAACUAGCUGCACAAGACAUGUCGAAAGUCUUGCAAGUGGAUCUUAAAGCUGAUGAAGAAAUUUCUGAAAACAAGGUAACAGAUCCUAAGCUAAACUACGGCUUGUUCUCCAAAGAAUUUCUUAAGCGCCAUGGACUUCCUCUCCUCGGAACUACAUCCACUUGGUUCUUGCUUGACAUUGCGUUUUACAGCCAAAACUUAUUUGAAAAGGAUAUAUUUUCUGCCAUCGGAUGGAUCCCAAAAGCGGCAACGAUGAAUGCCAUCCACGAAGUUUACAAGAUUGCUAGAGCGCAAACCCUCAUUUCACUAUUCAGUACCAUCCCAGGUUACUGGUUCACCGUCUUAUUCAUUGAUAUUAUGGGAAGAUUCGCGAUCCAGAUAAUGGGAUUCUUCUUCAUGACCGUGUUUAUGUUCGCUUUAGCUUUGCCUUAUGACCAUUGGAUCAAACCAGACAACCGCAUUGGAUUCGUUAUUAUAUUCUCCCUAACUUUCUUCUUUGCAAACUUCGGUCCGAAUGUAACUACAUUUGUUGUACCUGCUGAGAUAUUCCCAGCAAGGUUGAGAUCUACAUGUCACGGAAUUUCAGCCGCGGCAGGAAAGGCGGGAGCUAUCGUGGGUGCGUUUGGAUUCUUAUACGCGGCUCAGUCAAAGGAUAAGAACAAGACAGACGCAGGAUAUCCACCGGGUAUUGGUGUCAAGAACUCGUUGAUCAUGCUUGGUGUUAUUAACUUUGUCGGUAUGCUCAUGACAUUUUUAGUGCCAGAAUCCAAAGGAAAGUCUCUUGAGGAGCUUUCGGGUGAGAAUGUGAAUGAUGAGACGGCUUCAUCCAAGGCCAGUCUCUCCAGAAGAAACUGAAGGGAUACCGACUUGUGGCUUAAUCAAAAUUGUGUAGUUAUUUUUUUUUCAUUUGAUUUCAUGUAAAAUUUGUUGUUUAUAUUAUGUUAUAAUUUUUUUGGAGAAAUUACUUAAUACCGUAGGUUGGCUAAUACUUUAAAAAUACUCUAACAUUAGAGUUUAAGAUAUUAAAUUAUUUUUAGAGUUUAGUAUUUAAGGGGUAAUGUUGGAUUUAUAAACCAUUAUAAAUGAUUAAACAUUUAUAAAUAUUUAGAGGGUUAGUUUAUUAUUAUUAUUCAUAAAUUAGUGUAUUUAUAAAAGUGGUUAUUCUUUAAAGGUAAAUUUGAAAAGUGUAUAAUGUUUGUCGUAUAAUUAGAAUUCUCUCAACAUAUUUUGGUGACUAUUAAGAACACUAAAAAAAGAAAAAAAAACAAUAUAAAUAAAACAUUAUGAAUAAAAGGGAAUAGUUAUGUUCUAUAGUUCUGUAAGAAUAGAAGAAUGAAAAGGAACCAUGUAUCAAAUAUUUCUUAUAAAAAGGAAAAAACAUCAAUUCACUAUUUAUAUUCAUUAUUUUUUCAAGGAAUAUGAUAUAUACUAUAGAUUUUACCCACUUUCAGCAAUGAUAUAUAAGUAUUAAGAACUAUCUAUGUUGUUUUGGAGUCUUUUUAGCACUUUUACAGGCUCAUGAAUGAUUUGGAGAAAAGCGAUGAUUUGGAUGCAUUUUGGAGAUAAAAUGAGAGGAAGCUCGAAGCUCACCAUUGAACAAGUUUGAGGUCGACAUUCAGAGUCUUCCAUCGAUCGACGCACACUCUGUGCUGGCGAUCGACGGCGAAGCGCGCAAAGCCCAGCCGACUUAAAACCGAAGUCAAUAAAUAAUUACGGAAAUACCCAUGGCCGACUUUUAACCUAAUAUUUAUGUGCUCUGUCAUUUUUCUAGGCACCACACACUUUCUAUUCUAUUCUCAUUCUCUAGUUUUAGACAGCAAAGGUUUUUAGUAGAUUUGGAGAAAAGUUCCAAGACUCCUUCCGAGAUUUGUAUUGGAACUCCAGUAUUUCUAACCUUAAUCUAUUUAUCCAUUCUUUUAUAUUAUUUGUUAUGAAUUGCUUUGCUAUGUCUGAGUAGUUCAUCUUGUUAGGUUUAUAGUUCAAAUAGGAUUAUGGAGGAUUACCCCAAAUAUAGACUGCUGAGUUGUUUGUGAUAUCCAUCACUUGAAUUGCUCCCAUUGCAUGUGUUCUAGAGUAGCUAACUAGAACCUUGAUAUUAGGAUAAUUAGGCGCAAGCGGAACAUGGUCUGUUACCUAAAUUAAUUCACAUUAUGCUAGGAUUGCUAGAAACAAGCGACAGCUGAUCUAGUUAAACUUAGUGAGCAUAAGUCAAACCCGCUCGGUGAAGCUUUCUGUAAGGAUCAUCGAUCGACAACCCUCUAGUUGUAUUGAUCGAUAUUCUGAAAUGUGUAUCGAUCGAUUAUCCAUUUAUAAUAUUGAUCGACACUUUCUCCAGAUCAAUAAACGACAGUUGAGAUCUGAGAUCCAGACAAUAGAUAUUUUAAACAAACGGAAGUUGAAGAAUAUUACUUCUUUUUAGUUCUAGAAUAUCCAAUAAACUACUCUUGCUUCUAUACUGUUAUAAUCCUGAUUACCUGGAUAGAAACCCUAAGUCUAACGCUUUCUCAUAAUUGUUUACAAAACAUCAAUCCAAUCAACCGAACAACUGCCUUUUUCACCACUGAAAUUUACAAUUUACUUAAUUGACCUAGCUUAAAUCAUAAACUGUUUUAAGAUCUUUUAUGUGCCCAGCUCCUUGUGGAUUCGAUCCUUAAGUACUACAACUCAACCUCUUAUUUAAGAGAGUACAAAUCACUUAGGGUAAUUUGAGUGAUAUCAGAAUAUGAAUUCAUCUUCAUAUUAACCUUUAAGAGCAACUUUUUGAAAUAAGAGAUCGAUUGCAGUACUUAAGAAUCGUAUCCACAGAGACUCGAUAUCUCACACAAUAGACUUUAGCUUCAGACAUGCUAGGUUAAAUAAUAUAAAACAGUAAAUAAAGAAAGAGUUGAACAAAGUAGUUGUUCAAUUGAUUGAUGAGUUGUUUGUUGUAAGGAUGGUUGCUAGACUUAGAGUUUCAUUCAAGUUAUAAGAACUCAAUCUAUAGAUGUUAAGGGUUGAUCGUAGAACUCGAUAUCUAAUGCAAAAGACGACCAGCUCUCGCUGCGAGUCUAAUCUAUUGACUAAGUCUUUGUUCCAAUUCUCGUAUGCGCGUAGGUAUCUAAUCCAACAUGAUUUGGGUUCUGUUAAUUGACUGCACUCUCGUGCCUCUCAAUUGUCCUAUGAUUCUAGGUUCAAAUAAUCAGUCACGCUCUCGUGCUUUUCUAGUUAUUAUAGAUCCUAGUGUUAUAAGCCACCAUGGUGUAAGAUCUAUAGUUAACCUAGCAAUACUAUAAUUCAGAAGUUCAUUCAAAACCAUAGAAAAUCCCUAAACCUAGCAGGCGGAUCUACUCAGACAUGAUAUUUGUCACAUAAAUCAUAGAAUGAAUAGAUGAAAUAGAAAUAAUAAUAAAACCAAAACCAAUGGAGUUUCUCUCUUCUCUACAAACCUAAUGGUAAGAACAAUGAAUAGAAUAAAGCGUAGCCGUCAUUAAUGGCUUAAAAAACAUAAAUAGGGUUCUGAGUCGUCCAAGGGUAUCAUGGUAACUUGAGGUAACUUCUUGGCUUAAGUCGGUCAUGAAAUAGGCUCGGCCCGCGUUCUAGCAUCACCAUCGAUUGACACCAAGGCUGUGUUUUCGAUCGACAUUCCUUCAUCUCUUCGACGGCUUCCUCUCGUGAGGCAAACUGGUCACUCUUCAGUAAAACAUGCACAACUUCUGCUACAUGAUGCUGAUUGACCUCAAACCGGUGGUAUCGUAAAGCUAACUUAAUCACACCAUGGAAAUGUCUCCAUUCAUAGCUAAACAUAUGACGCGUUUGUGCAGUUCUGCACCUCAAAAAGCUCCAAAAUCACCAAAGUUCUCCAAAACGUACCUGAACCUGAAAACAUUCUAAGACAUACUUCAAACCCAUAUAAUAUUCUCUGAAUAGGUCAUAUACCAUGGUCUAAAAGUGGUAAAAUCCAUAGUAUAUCACGGGUACCAAGCGUAAUUUCAAUCGUGAAGGCGGAGCCUCCUUCCUCUAGCAAGAAAAAGAAGCAGAAAACAUCCGGAUUGGCCACUAUGGCUUCGCAUCAGUCUCCUCAUUGUUGUUGGGGUCAAAAUCGGUUACGACGGAAUCAAUGUCAAAAACUUCACGAAAGGCUAUUUGGAUCAACUAGUCUGCCUUCAUCCCGUCCUCGUAGCUCCCUCCUUCGGGAUUAGAUCAAACCUACUCUUAUUUCAUCUCGAUCGACAGUCCGCAAGAACUCGUUAUCUCGUAUGGAAUUCGAAUUGAUCGUAUAAAACGGAAACGGUUAACCAAACACCUUAAACUGCCUCCAAUAUACGAGAAAUUUGAACUUUCUUCGGAAUCAACGUCAUUUCGGAAGCGCACUUUCGAUAAAUCGUAAAAACGAUUAAGUCGGAAAACGGCCCGAAAGGGUCCAGAAUGCGGCUAAAAUCUCACUCACAAUUUUAUACGAAAUUGAGCCCAAUCGUUAUGACGGUUUAUCUUUUAUUCUGCAGGAGAAGAUAAAUGUCAAGUUCGGAGGAUAAAUGUGAAGUUUCCAAAGAUAAUCACGAAGAUCGAAAGAAAAUUAAAUAUUUCCGCGAAGCGAUAAACUCGACCGAGAGCAUGAAGGGAAAGAGCAAACCGCCUCUAGGAGGAUUAUAUAAGGACGUCGAGGUUGAAGAGGCAAAGAGACAAUUCUUUUUACUCUUAGAACUCUCUGCACUUAGAAACUUUAGACAUUAUUCUCGACAUGUUAUGUUUCUAUGACUGGCACUAGAUUACUAGACGAACUCGCAAAGGCGGUUGGAUCUCCUUUUCUACUUUUUCAAUCGAACUACGUUCGGCAUGAUCCUCGAAAGGGGUAAAUAGGCAGACUUUCAUAAGGUCCAGUCCGAAAUCAAUCAAAACCUUUUUCAUAUCUUUUUCGUCUUCUGUUAUCGAGCUGCGACUCAACUAGGUUUAAGGUUUUAGGUUGCUAGAACUAAAUAAUUCGCUGACAGCUCUUGCGGCCGAAGCUUUUAUAAUGUCUUGUAAUGAUCGCAACGCUCUUACGCGGAUUCGAAAUAAGAUCUACCUUUUCUAUAAAUUCAUUUUGUUGUCUUUUCAUAUUUUCCGUAUUUAUUUGUUCACUUGUCGUUGGCUCUCGGAGAGAAUCCAGGACCUCAGGAAAAGUUAGGGUUCUUGACUUUCCUCCGAUUACGGAAAUCGACGGUGAGAAUUUUGGUUCCCACAAUUGUGCUCAGUAUUCUGCUGGGCAAGCAAAUAUGUUGGCCAACCUUAACACCUAGUUGUUACUUUGGAUACAUCUCCUUUUCCCGAAGGUGGUCCCUUAAAUACGACCAGCGAUAUCCAUGGUAAUCUUCUCCGGGUAUGUCAUAUCUCUGUCAUUGUGUUUCUGAUUUUGAUUUCCUUGCAUAAUAUGUCUCAGUUUUAUCAGCUCGGGAAGAAGAUGACUUUCGAGGUUUCUGCUGCCAACCCGGAGGAACUAUAGGAUCUAUCCCAAAAGCUGAUAAAGGAGAAGUACAAGGAAUCACUAAAGAGAAGGAGAUUUGGAAUAUCAAGCUGAAAUAAAUAUUGAAGCUACUAAGACUUUCGGAUGAGAUGACCAUGGCAGUCAAUGGUGCAAGCAUCGUGGCUCGGUUAGAGCUGAUGAGGGAAUGGUCCAAGCAGCAAACAUGUAGUUGGAAGCCGGUAGUGGAGUGUUGAAUUUUAUUAAACAAAAAUAUUGUAAUGGUGGAAAUUGAAUGAAUGUUGAAUUAAUAUGUAGAAAGAGAUAAGAUGAUGUGGAGAUUUAUUUUCUUAACAUCUCAUUAAUUCAUUAAUUUAAAUCAAUCACUAGAGUUGAUAUAUACACAAAACAUCAAUAAUAAACAGACUCAAAUACGAAGUCAUAAUUACAAAGCCAAAAAUUAAAAGGAAAUGAUGAAGAACUGAAUUUCUACGAUGCUUUGAGAACCAAAGCCUUACUCGUCAAAGGACUUUAAAUUUGUUUAUUUUCUUCUCCAGAAUCAAUUACAAAACAAUGAAAUCGUUACUCCUGGCUAUCUCCUUCUCCUGAUGAAAUACCAUGGUCUUCUAAUAUUAUUGAUGAUGUUCAAUAUUUUUUAUGUUGAUUCUUCGGUUCUCCAUAAGUGUGAUAUACUCAGAUCUUAAAUUCUUUGGUUAAUACACCAUAGAACUCUUUGAAAUUAUAUCCCGUUGAUUGAGAUUUUGAAUACCGUGCACAUGAAAGAUUAGAAAGAUAUUUCAUGGAGAUAGCGGGUUCAUUAUGGUUGAUGAAAUCAUAAAGACGACUCAUCUCAUUAACAAACCAUGAAUGAAUCAUCCCCCAGAUCGGAGGAAAAUAUCGGAAACAUAAUUGUUUCCUUUUGACAAGCAAGAAGUCAUUAAACGAGACAAAAAUAUUUUCUUCGAAGGUUGUGUCCUUCUUCUGAUAAAAUAACAUGGUCCUCUAAUAUUAUUGAUGAUGUUUAAUAUAUUCUCUUUUGUAAAUUUUUGAGUCUUCCAUAAGUAAGAUAACCUGAAUCCCAAAUUUGUUGGUCGAUACACCAUAGAACUCUUUGAAGUUUAUACUCAAUUGAUUGAUAUUUUGAGUCUUGUGCAUCAUGAAAGAUUAGAAAACAGUUUCAUGGAGAUAGCAGGUUCAUUAUGGCAGAUGAAAUCACAAAACCAACUCAUCCCAAUAACAAAUCAUGGAUGAAUAAUCUCCUAAAUUAGAAAAAUAUUAGAAACAUAACUGUUCCUUUUGACAAGAAAUAAUUCGUUAAAGGAGACUACAUAAACUA